AUGGCAGAAGUACUACUUAAAUUUGUUUCUAUUAAAAAUGAGAACAUCGAUAACAAACAUAAUUCUAUAAUUCCAUUGUCAACGUCGACGAUUAAUGGAAAAAAAUCGAAUAUAUCCCAAACAGAAAAAAAUUCGUUACCAUACGUCUUGCCAAUUAUAUCCGUAACAAAUGUGUCCAAUUUACCAAAACCGAAUUUAUCUUUUUCAACAACGAACAAUAAUGAUCCUAAACUUCAAUAUCGUCUUGUACCAUUAGGAAACAAAAUGUCGUCAGUUGCUAUACAAACACCAAAACGACCCAGUUCCAAUAAACUUGGACGAUCAAACACAUUUUCUGUACAACAAAAAUUACAUACAAAAUCAUCAAAUUUAAAUUAUCGUCACACACCAAUAACAACGACAACGUUUCGACCACCAACUGCUGGUUGGCGGCAAACAACAAACGCAUCACCAAUACGUCCUCCGUCAACACCAUAUCUGUAUAUUGUAAAUUCAUCAACAUCAAAUAAUCAAAUAGUAUCUGCUAAACCAUUGAUACAACGUAUUUCUUCUGUGAGACACGACGAGGUGCGCCAACACAGUGAAUCAACAUUUUCAGAUUAUUCUCGACCAUCGGACUAUACUGAUCGUAUACAUUCAUCAAAUCAAACGGUAGCUCAAUAUGGACAUUUUUUAGCUUAUCUAAGGCGAAAAUCUGUCGCCAGAUUGAGACGAAAACAACAAGGGGACACUGAUUCGAAUACUGAACGAGAUACUAACACAACGUCAGUACAUUCAAAACAUCAACUGCAACAGGUACCAAUAACAAUACCACAGCAGAAACUAAAGUCGUGCAUAUCCCCUACUUUAGCAACUAAUUCUAAUUCAUCGUUUGGUGAUUGCAUCGUUCCCAUUAAUAAUAACGGGAAAGCAUCUUCAACUCCAGUGACAGAACAGCGAAAUAGUGCGAAAAAAAUCCCAGAUAAACCUCCAUCAGCUCCAUGGCGUUUAGAACUGAGACGAAGUGUAUCGUCGGCUAUCGAUAGUAAAUAUCAUCAUAGAAAUAAUCAAGUUAAACCUUUAAUCGAAAUGACUAAUGGUUUAACUGUAAGUAAAGAUACAUCGUUAAUAACGCCAUCAAAUUCAAUUGUUGAUGAACCAGUAUCAGAAAAACAGGAGAAGAAGAAGAAGCAUGAAUCUUGCUAUGAACUUCAACUUGCGGGCGAUUAUUUAUCAUACGUUUAUGUUAGCGAUAGCGGGGUCAAAUAUAAAGGACAAUUAUUAUCAUCCGAUGAGCUGAUGCGAAAAAGCUAA